GUGGGAAGGGCGGGGAAAACGCUGCGACUUUCCCGUCUCCCGGCCCAGAGUCCCAGGAGUGCAUGCCGUGGUGUCCGGGGUGGCGGAGUGGGUGCCCGGGACGCGCGGGGGUAUCGCGGAGGGGGCUGCCGUCCCACCUCCCCCGUAAGGCAGGGCGCUUCCGGGGUGGCUCUGGUCCCCGCGGGAGCCCCGCACCUCGUCCAGUGAGUCCAGUGGUUAGCGAUGCUCCUGCUGCUGCCUGGGCUGUUGCUGCUGCUGGGGGCGCCACGGGGCUGCUCAGACCUCGAGGCGAAGACGCCCAUCCCCAAGAGGGUCCUGGAAUGGCAGGAUAAAGGAAUAUUCAUUAUCCAAAGUGAGAGCCUCAAGAAAUGCAUUCAAGUGGGUAAAUCUGUACUGACCUUGGAGGACUGCAAACAGCCAAAUGAGAACAUGCUGUGGAAAUGGGUUUCAUAUCACCACCUCUUUAACCUGGGAGCCAGUGGUUGCCUGGGUCUGAAUUUAUCUAAUCCAGAGCAGCCGUUAGGCAUAUAUGAAUGUGAUUCCACGGAUGUUUCGUUGAGAUGGCACUGUAACAGGAAGAUGAUCGUGGGCCCACUCCAGUACAUGGUCCAAGUGCAGCAUGAUAACACCGUGAUGGCCUCGUGGAAACAUCUUCACAAGUGGGUUUCCUAUAUGUCAGGUGGUGGAGAUAUUUGCGAACACCUUCACAAAGACAUGUAUACAAUCAAGGGGAAUGACCAUGGGAUGCCGUGUGUGUUUCCCUUCCAGUACAAGAAUCAGUGGCAUCACAAAUGUACCCGGGAAGGUCGGGAAGAUGACUCGCUGUGGUGUGCAACUACAAGCCGAUACGAAAGAGAUGAGAAGUGGGGAUUUUGCCCAGAUCCCACCUCUACAAAGGUAGCUUGUGACACUGUCUGGGAGAAGGACUUCAACUCACACAUUUGCUACCAAUUCAACUUGCUUUCAUUUCUCUCCUGGAAUGAGGCACAUUCUUCAUGCCAGAUGCAAGGAGGUGAUUUAUUAAGUAUUGAGGAUGAAAGUGAAGAAAAUUUCAUAAAGAAGCACAUGAGCCAUGAAGCGGUGGAAGUGUGGAUAGGUUUGAACCAGCUGGAUCCACACGCUGGAUGGCAGUGGUCCGACGGAGCACCGCUGAGCUAUCUAAAUUUGUAUCCAGAAAUCCAUUUUGAUCCAUUUGUUGAAUAUCACUGUGGAACAUUUCAUUCAUUUAUGCCAACUGCCUGGAGGAGUAGGGAUUGUGAGUCCACCUUUCCUUAUGUAUGUAAAAAAUAUCUAAACCACACAGAUCAUGAAACAGUUGAAAAAGAUGCAUGGAAAUAUCAUGCUACCCACUGUGAGCCUGGCUGGAAUCCCUACAAUCUUAAUUGCUACAAACUUCAGAAAGAAGAAAAGACCUGGAAUGAGGCUUUGCAUUCUUGCCAGUAUGAUAACAGCAGACUGAUGGACAUCGCUUCAUUAGCAGAAGUGGAGUUUCUUGUAAACCUCCUUGGAGCUGAACAUGCAUCAGAAACAUGGAUUGGUUUGAGCAGCAAUAAAAUUCCAGUUUCCUUUGAAUGGUCUAAUGGCUCUUCAAUAAUAUUUACUAACUGGGACACAUUUGAGCCCCAAAUUUUUCCAAGUAGAAGCCAGCUGUGUGUCUCAGCAGAGCACGCUGAGGGACACUGGAAAGUUAAAAAUUGUGAAGAAACACUUUUUUACACAUGUAAAAAAGCAGGCUACAUCCCUUCUGACACAGAAUCAGGAUGUCAAGAGGGAUGGGAGAGACAUGGUGGAUUCUGUUACAAAGUUGACCCGGUCCUUCGAAGCUUUGACCAUGCUUCCAGUGGCUACUACUGUCCCCCUGCACUUACAACCAUCACGAACAGGUUUGAACAGGCAUUUAUUACCAGUUUGAUCAGCAGUGUGGUGAAAAUGAAGGACAGUUAUUUUUGGAUAGCUCUUCAAGACCAAAACAAUACAGGCGAAUACACUUGGAAGACUGUGGGGCAGGAGUCUGAGCUGGUGCAGUACACACAUUGGAAUGCACAUCAGCCCCGCUACAGCGGUGGCUGUGUUGCCAUGCGAGGAAGUAGUCCACUGGGUCGCUGGGAAGUGAAGGACUGUACACACUUUAAGGCAAUGUCCUUGUGCAAGCAGCCAGUUGAAAACCGGGAGAAAACAGAGCAUGAAGAAAGAUGGCCCUUUCAACCCUGCUAUUUGGACUGGGAGUCAAAGCCUGGCCUGGCCAGUUGUUUCAAGGUAUUUCACAGAGAAAAAGUUCUGACAAAAAGAACAUGGAGAGAAGCUGAGGCAUUUUGUGAAGAAUUUGGAGCUCAUCUUGCAAGCUUUGCCCAUAUUGAGGAAGAAAACUUUGUGAAUGAGCUUUUACAUUCCAAAUUUAAUCGGACAGAAGAAAGGCAGUUCUGGAUUGGCUUUAAUAAAAGAAGCCCACUGGGUGCUGGUUCUUGGGAGUGGUCAGAUGGAACUCCUGUUGUCUCUUCAUUUUUAGACAAUACUUAUUUUGGAGAAGAGGCAAGAAAUUGUGCUGUGUUUAAGGCAAACAGAACAUUGCUGCCUUCACGCUGUAGUUUCAAACAUGAAUGGAUAUGCAAAAUUCCAAGAGAUACAAGACCCAAGAUUCCAUCCUGGUAUCAUUAUGAUGCACCCUGGCUCUUUUAUCAGGAGGCAGAGUACCUUUUUCAUACCCAUAACUCAGAAUGGGCUUCCUUUGAGUUUGUCUGUGGCUGGCUGCGUGGUGAACUUCUCACAAUUCAUUCUGCACAUGAGCAAGAAUUCAUCCACAGCAAAAUAAGAGUGCUAUCAAAGUAUGGUACAAAUUGGUGGAUUGGAUAUCAAGAAGAAAAAGCCAACGACGAAUUUCAUUGGAGUGAUGGGUCACCAUUAAUAUACGAGAACUGGGACACAGAAAGAGAAAUAUCUGUGAAUAAUCAAAGCCAGAGAUGUGGCUUCAUUUCUUCCACAACAGGACUCUGGGGUAGUGAAGAGUGUUCAGUUUUUAUGCCUGGUAUUUGUAAGCGUAAAAAGAUUUGGGUCAUUGAGGCAGAAAAAAAUACACCAAAACAACAUGGAACAUGCCCCAAAGGAUGGCUAUACUUUAACUAUAAGUGCCUAUUAGUGAUGGUCCCCAAAGACCCAACCAACCUAAAAAACUGGACAGGAGCUCUGGAUUUCUGCACUGCAAAAGGUGGGACUCUAGUGGCCAUCGAAAGUGAAGUGGAACAAGCUUUCAUUACUAUGAAUCUUUUUGGCCAGACCACUAAUGUGUGGAUAGGGUUACGAAAUGAUGAUUAUGAAAAAUGGCUAAAUGGAAAGCCUGUGGCUUAUUCUAACUGGUCUCCAUUUGAUAUAAUGAAUAUUCCAAAUCAUAAUAACACCGAAGUUCAAAAACACAUUCCUCUCUGUGUCUUGCUGUCAAGUAAUCCUAAUUUUCAUUUCACUGGAAAAUGGUAUUUUGAAGACUGUGGAAAAGAAGCCUAUGGAUUUGUUUGUGAAAAAAUGCAGGAUACUUCUGGACCCCGUGUAAAUGCAUCAGAUAUGUAUCCUAUCCCCAACACCUUAGAAUAUGGAAACAGAAUCUACAAAAUAAUUAAUGCAAAUAUGACUUGGCAUGCAGCAAUAAAAACCUGCCUGAUGCAUGGAGCAGAACUUGUGAGCAUUGCGGACCAGUAUCAUCAGUCCUUCCUCACUGUUGUCCUCAACCGGCUAGGCCAAGCCCACUGGAUUGGACUGUUCACCACUAAUAAUGGUCGUAAUUUUGACUGGUCAGAUGGCACCAAAUCCGCUUUCACUUUUUGGAAAGAUGAGGAGCCAUCUUUCUUUGGUGACUGUGUUUUUGCUGACACGAAUGGACGAUGGCAUAACACAGCUUGCGAGUCAUUUCUGCAGGGUGCCAUUUGUCGUGUGCCCAGUGAGAGAAAACUAUUUGAAUACCCAUUGUUGUGCUCAGAAACAUCUAUUCCCUGGAUAAAAUUUAAGAGUAAUUGCUACAGUUUUUCUACAGUCCUCAACACUACCAGUUUUGAGGCUGCUCAUGAAUUUUGCAAAAAGGAAGGAUCUAAUCUGUUAACAAUCAAGGAUGAAGCUGAAAAUUCAUUCCUGCUGGAAGAGCUUUCAGCUUUUGGUUCUUCUGUCCAGAUGGUUUGGUUGAAUGCUCGAAUUGAUAGUAACAAUGAAACCAUAAAGUGGUUUGAUGGAACACCCACAGACCAGUCAAACUGGGGCAUUCAGGAACCAGACAUGGACCCCCUCAAGUCCCGUCAGUGUUUUGCCCUGAGGAUCCCUGAAGGGGUGUGGCAGUUAUGCUCAUGUCAAGACAAGAAGGGGUUUAUAUGUAAAAUGGAAGCAGAUAUUCACACUGAAAAGGAGCUUCCAGGAAAAGAGCCCAGCCGCAGCAUUGCUCCUCUCGCCAUUGCACUGACGUUAAUAGUAAUCCUGGUCAUUUGCACACUUUCCUUCUACAUAUACAAGUGGAACAGUCACUUCCUCCAGAGACUUGCAGGGUUUGGGAAUCUUUACUACCCUACAACCAACUUUAGUACCGUACAUUUAGAGGAAAAUAUUCUCAUCUCUGAUCUUGAGAAGAAUGACCAAUGACAGCAAAGUCGGAGAAGAAGAGUAAAGUCAGCCAUGAAGAUGAGUAAAGAAGACCAAAGGAAUCCUGUCUGUAUUUCCCUUUUACCCGAUGCCCUUAGAUUGUGAAUAGUUUCACAGUUUUAAUUAUUCCUAACGUCUUUCUUAUAACCAGAACACAUGGAUUUUGAUUUAUUCAUUUCCCUAAACUGAUCCAUUCUUGAAAAGGGGAAAUUAUGCAAUGAUUAUUUUUCAGAAAGUUGGGAAAUAUUAAAGGAAACUCCCUGAUGAAAACUCACAAACCAAUGUGAAUAACAGUUUUUGUAUUAAUAAGUUCCCACUAAAAUUUGGGGGGAAUUGUAAGACUAAUCUGGUACCUAUUCUGACAUUUACACCCAUUCAAUUAAAAGAGAGAACGAAGCAGCAAAACAAAUUUUAAAAUGCUAUUUUGUAUAUGAGAGGAGUAGGCUUCUGAGAGGUUUUGUUUAUUUUAAUUUAAUCAUUUCCACUGAAAGGUUUGGAAAAUGCUAAUUUCUAAGUUUAAAACUCACAGGUUUUGAGCUGGAUGGAGACACAAACCUGUAAUCCAGAGAUCCUGCUGAAGUGGGAGGACUGCACGUUUGAGGCCAUCCUAAGCAAUUUAGCAAGACUCUGUUUCAAAAUAAAAUA